CCCGCACCUCCAAUUGAGUCACUUGUCUUGACUGCAGAAAAAAAACUUCGUCAUACGUGAGCUCGAAUUGUUGCUAUAUCUACCAGCAUACCUUCUUCAUUCCGUUUUAAAACAGCUUUGACUUUGGAAAUUAGAUAAAACCGCAAAUCCAAAUCCCUAGCUUCGACAAUGAGCCCAUUACCAGACCCCACCAUCGACCUUGACUGGUCAGGGUACGUUGGUUCGAUCCAGGAGCACUUCCGCGCGCAAGCCGAAGCUCACCCCGACCGCACUUGCGUUGUCGAGACCAAGUCGUCCACCACCCCCGAGAGACGAUUCACCUAUCGCCAGAUUUAUGAGGCCUCAAACACUCUAGCAUGGCACCUCCACAAUGCCGGCGUUACCAAUGGGGACGUUGUCAUGAUUUGGGCCCAUCGAUCAGUAGACUUGGUCGUGGCCCUGAUGGGUAUUUUGGCUUCCGGCGCGACAAUGACUGUCCUUGAUCCUGCCUACCCUCCAGCGAGACAGAAGAUCUACCUCGAGGUUUCUCAGCCCCGCGCCCUACUGAGAAUUGGGCGUGCCACAGAUGAGAACGGCCCCUUGGCCCCAUUGGUACAACAGUACAUUGAUGAUGAGCUCCAGCUCAAGGCCGAGGUCCCCGACCUCAGACUCCGUGAUGACGGCUUCUUAUACGGCGGUGAAGUGGACGGCAAGGACAUCUUUGCCAGCGUCAGAGGAUCCGUCUCUGCGCCACCAGACGUCCUGGUAGGACCUGACUCCAACCCCACACUCUCCUUCACUUCUGGCAGUGAAGGUAGACCCAAGGGUGUUUUGGGCAGGCAUUUCAGCUUGGUCAAGUACUUUGGCUGGAUGGCCGAGCGGUUUAACCUCUCCUCAGAGAGCAAAUACACUCUGCUUUCUGGCAUUGCUCACGAUCCGGUCCAGCGCGACAUCUUCACUCCCCUUUUCCUCGGCGCACAGCUCCUGGUGCCAUCAAGAGAAGACAUCCAGCACGAGAAGCUGGCCGAAUGGAUGCGCGAACACAAGCCUACCGUCACCCAUCUUACCCCUGCCAUGGGUCAGAUCCUGGUAGGUGGAGCAUCGGCUGAGUUCCCCAGCCUCGAGAACGUCUUCUUUGUCGGUGACGUUCUCACCACUAGGGACUGCCGCGCCCUCAGAAAACUGGCCAUCAAUGCCAACAUCAUUAACAUGUACGGCACAACUGAGACGCAAAGAGCUGUCAGUUACUACGAAAUUCCCAGCCGUGCCAGGGAGCCUGACUAUCUGGACAAGCUCAAGGACACUGUUCCGGCUGGUACCGGUAUGCAAAAUGUCCAGUUGCUAGUUGUCAACCGCGAAAACAGAGCGGAGCAGUGCAAGGUGGGCGAGGUUGGUGAGAUCUUUGUCCGUGCGGCGGGCCUUGCCGAGGGCUACCUCGGUGACCCGGCGCUCAACGAGCAGAAGUUCUUGAUGAACUGGUUUGUUGACAACGAGAAGUGGGUUGAGGCUGAUGCCAAGGCCAGCAAGAACGAACCAUGGAGAAAGUAUUACAAGGGGCCAAGGGACAGAUUGUACCGCACCGGUGAUCUGGGUCGUUACCUCGAAUCUGGCGAUGUCGAGUGCGUCGGGCGUGCUGACGACCAAGUCAAGAUUCGCGGCUUCCGUAUCGAACUGAACGAUAUCGACAGCAACUUGAGCCAAAACCCACUCAUCCGCGACUGCAAAACUCUCGUUCGGAGAGAUCGUAACGAAGAGCCCACGCUUGUCAGCUACAUUGUUCCUGAGAGCAAGGAGUGGGCUCGCUGGCUCCAUGACCGGGGAUUGGCUGAUGUUGAAGAUGAGGGUGUGGAGAUGGGUCCCGUCACAGUCUACUUGAAGAAGUACAGACGGAUGCAAACGGAGGUUCGCGACCAUUUGUCCACACGACUCCCGACAUACGCUGUCCCAACCAUCUACAUUGUUCUCAGCAAGCUUCCGCUGAACCCCAAUGGCAAGGUUGACAAGCCCAACCUUCCUUUCCCCGAUAUUGCUGAACUUGUUGAGGACGCUUCUGAGGAUGAUCUCCAGAACUGGGAGUCGCUCACUGAGACCGAAAGGACUGUGGCACAGUUCUGGGCCGACCUCAUCCGUGGCUUGAACCCCAAGGCUAUCAAGAGAGAAAACGGUUUCUUCGACCUCGGUGGUCACAGUUUGCUGGCUCAGCAGUUUCUGCUCAACGUGCGCAAGGGUCUCAACGCCGAUGUGUCGAUCAACACACUCUACGAACACCCUAGCCUUGCAGGAUUCAGUGCUCAGAUCGACAAGCUCCUUUCUAACGAGGCAGGCAGUGUAACAGCUGAAGCUGGAGAGGCCGCUUAUUCCAAGUCUUUGGACGAGCUUCUGCAGCAGCUUCCUGCCAAGUACCAGUCGGCUGACCGUGCAGCGCUUGACUCUGCAGAGCAGUUGACGAUCUUCCUGACUGGUGCCACCGGCUUCUUGGGCUCAUAUCUUGUCCAAGAAAUCCUUAGCCGUACCGUCAAGACCGUCAAGCUCAUUGCUCAUGUUCGUGGCGCCAAGGAAUCUUCGGCGGCUCUUGUCAGACUUCAGCGGUCUCUGCAGGGGUAUGGACUGUGGAAGGAUGAGUGGACCGGGAGGCUGAGUGCGGUCGUGGGUGACCUGUCUCAACCCCAGCUUGGCAUUGACGAUGCCACCUGGAAGACCCUGGCGGACGAGGCUGAUGUCGUCAUUCACAACGGCGCCACUGUCCAUUGGGUUAAGAGAUACCAAGACAUGAUGGCGGCCAACGUUUUGUCGACCAUUGAUGCCAUGAGACUUUGCAAUGAGGGCAAGCCUAAGGUCUUCUCUUUUGUCAGCUCCACCAGUGUGCUUGACACAGACUACUACAUCAAGCUGUCCGAGGACUCCACCAGGACUGGCCAGGGUGCCAUCUUGGAAAGCGAUGACAUGAAUGGCAGCAGCACUGGGCUAGGCACUGGCUAUGGUCAAUCCAAGUGGGUGUCUGAGCAGCUUGUUCGUGAAGCAGGCAGACGCGGUCUUGUCGGUUCGGUUGUCCGUCCCGGCUACAUCCUCGGAGAUUCAGAGACUGGUGUUUGCAACGUGGACGAUUUCUUGAUCCGCAUGCUGAAGGGCUGCAUCCAGCUGCAGUCGCGCCCACACAUCAUCAACACCGUCAACGCCGUCCCUGUCAACCACGUUGCGCGUGUGGUGGUCGCCUCUGCCCUGAACCCUCUUACCGGUGACGCGGAUGGCAAUGUCCAUGUUGUCCAUGUCACGGCGCAUCCCCGUUACCGCAUGAACGAGUAUCUUGCCUCUCUCGAGUUUUACGGCUACAAUGCGCCAGAAAUCACCUACGAGGACUGGAAGCAAAAGCUCGAACAGUUCGUCAGCGCUGGUUCGCUUGAGAAGGAUUCGGAGCAGCAUGCUCUGAUGCCCCUAUUCCAUUUCUGCAUGAAUGACCUGCCCGCCAACACCCGUGCCCCCGAAAUGGACGACAGGAACGCUGUUGCCAUUCUCAAGGCUGAUGCUGACAAGUGGACCGAUGUCGAUGACAGCACUGGCCAUGGUGUCAACAGGGAUGAUGUUGGCAAGUACCUCAGCUAUUUGUCUGCGAUCAAGUUUAUUGGGCUUCCUACCGAGAGGGGUAGGCCACUGCCCAAGCUCAAGCAGGAGACUCUGGAGUCUUUGGCUGUGGGCGCUGCUGGUGGUCGUGGAGCCGCUCACUAAUUAUGAUCUACAAAUUCCUGUUUUGUUUCACAUUUCGAUUUUGGGCAUAGAGAAAAGGUCCAUUACAUGUAAUCGGGCAAAGGUGUGGGUACAUAUGAGACAAGAUUAAAAUAUCUAGAGAUGAGGAAUGAUACAAGCGCUGUUUUCUUCAUGGAAUUCAGCUCACUUUGUGCUGUUUGACGGACUUCAUAUGCUUUG